CUCACGGUUGAACAAAUGGCUAAUGCCCGCCGCACCAGAAGCUACACGUGGUGCCGGCUUUCCUGCGAGAUGCUGGAGGAAAACUGUGCCCGAUGCCUUCCCCUCCUGCCCAAGCCGAUAAACACCCCGAACUGGCUCGCCUGGUUAAGGUCUGCACUCACACCGACAAUGAUCAUCGGGUGUGUUGCUGUUGCGGCGUUGCUGUCCGUCCCUCUGGCCAGAAGGAUCGUCAACGGAAAGCGGUCGAAACGCGAUGCCGAAGACACCAAGAAACGAAACGAAAAGUCCCAAGAAUGCAUUUGGAAGAGUAGGCUCCGAGUGUACAUCUGGUACGUUCUAUUUCAACGCGCCGUCAAGCCACGAGCUCCAGCUCGUUCCCAGCAGCUGCGGAUCUGCGCCGCCCGGAUGCCUCCAUCAGCGGUGGCGGCGGCGUUGAGACGUCCGGGUCUUCCUCUCCCGGAAUCACUCCGGGACGUGGCCGUUGCAGACGGCAUGGUCCUUCAGAUCCCAGGGCUGACAUUCCACUUCUCCAAUGACCCGACGUCGACAUUCUUGGUGGAGGCGUUUGGCACACUACAAAUCUUCCGGAACCGUCGGGACACCUCCACCUCUGACUGCCUAGAUGAUGGUGAUGAGGAGGAUCGUCUCGUGCACCCCGAAGAAAUGGAACUAACGGUUGCCAUAUUUUCGCCCGCGCAAGCGUGUCACGGCCGAGGUGACCCGGGCGCUACUUUCCCACCGUCCGGGGAGCACGCAAGGGCCGCUACGGGAUCGGUGUUCAAGAUAUGGAUGACGUUCACACCACCAUCACCGCCGUCGGAAGGCCUGGGCCCGUCGAUGGCGGCGGGGGCGACCAUUAACCUUUCAGAUUUUGGCUGGCUCGGCAAUUCGACGAGGGCACUCGAUCUGUCUCCAUAUCUACACUCUCCUCCUACCGGUCGCAGCAGGACUGACCUCCUGCCACCGGGAGGAGCCGCCUUCGAAUUGUUCGAGCCGGAACGGAAGCCCGCGGGUGACCUCCUGCCACCGGGAGGACCCGCCUUCGACCUGUUCGAUCCGGAACGGCAGCCCGCGCGGCAAGUUCAACUCCUGCACGCGGACGGGCCGAACCUAUCACUGCUCGACACGGUCGACGAGGAGCCCGCGUCAGGCGCAUUCGCGGAUCUUCGUUUCUUCAAGCACAAGACCACCGGGGAAGUGUUCGCCCUGAAGACCGCAGAGGACACUCCCGAGGGAAUUAGGAAGAUCCUCGCGGAGAUCAACAUCCUUCGCGAGGUGAUCGGCAGCGCUCCUCGUCACAUUGUGACGGCUAUCGAGACCAGAGCGACCCCGACGGCCAUGAUACUCACCAAGGCGGAGCCCAGGACGUUGAGAUGCAUCGGAGACAGCCCUAGUGCUACGAAUCCUGGCGAGACCGUCAAGGUGCUCGACGGAGUCCUUACGGCUAUCGAAUUUCUUAGCUCCGAGGGUUUUCUGCACCGCGACAUUAGGCCCGAGAACAUCCACGUAUCCGGGGACGGAGAAGGACUUCUAGCCGACUUUGGCCUUUGCACCCACAAGGAGGUAGCGGUCCUUCCCUGGCAGAUCGGUGCGGGUACAGUGGAGUACCAGGCUACAGAGGUGGCGACCACGGGGUCGUCCCUAUGCUCUGAGUUAUUCGCUGUCUCAGUCUGCUUCCUGGAAAUGAUGCUCAGCCACAACCCGUUUGACGGGAAGGCACUGCUGCUCGCUAGCGAACGGCGGAGGUCUUACCUCGAGGGGGUAAAGAAAGAGCUCCUCCACUUUCUAUCACAUCUUCCCGAGGAGGGACAUACUCGGGGCCGGGUUGUCCCCGAAAACCACAUGGAAUCCCAAAACACCGACCGCGAAGCAAUAGCGGAGGCAUCCUCUCGGCUGGAAAACACACGCAGAACGGAAUGGCUCCUCGGCAUUCGCAGCGACGAAUGGCGGCCGAAUGCGGAAGCUCUGUCGGCACUGGCCAGGACAGAAGUACCUCUGGAAAUGUACGUCGUGCCCAGCCAGGCCGACACCCGCUCACGGGAGAUUAAGGAGGACUGGGCGACAGUCGAGGCGAAGAGUUCUCCUCGAAAGGUGUUCGAGGCGGCCGAUUGGACGGAAUGGCUUCCUGGUACCACCAGGGUGCCUUGCACGAAGGGUCUCCGCAAGCUCGUGUCUCUGGUGGUGGAGAAAGGCAUGCUAGAUCCGAACCCCGGCGGUAGGCCGCAGACCACGGCCGCCUUGCAGGGUCUCCUCCACGAGGCCCUGAGGCUCUAUGAAACUGUUGAGGCAGAAGGGGAGUAGGUUGAACGGCAGUCAGUUGAGGAAUCCCUCGAACGAGUACACGUUCAUCCCGCUAAAGUUUUACACUUUCGUCUCGAUCGCUUUCAUGCGCCCUCCGUGCGUUGAAUGCCGGGACAUGUGUACGUACGUACACAUUGCACAUAUACAUUUUUCUUUUGGGUGGCGAAAAUCCCUAGACUGCUGCGAAAAGUUGUAAUGCUGGCGAUUACCCGGCCGAGGGAAGCAUGACGAUGGGACGUGUAACAGAAUGAUUAUCCCAUUCGGAGCUUUUGUUCGCUGGAGGUUCGACGAAAGGCGUCCGGGGUGGUGACGGUGACUGAACGUGGUUGUGAACGGGUCUUGCGUGUGAGAUCGGAAUAAAUGUUCCAAGUGGUGAAUCAACACAGGUGGACGUCCAUCCCCCUUCCCCACAAUGUCGGUUGCCCUCGCCCCAUUGUGGAGACCUUGACAAGGUCGAACAUUCUCCCCUUUCGAUGCCUUGGUUGUCUUCUCCAAGGUGUUCGACCUUGUCAAGGUCUCCACAAGGGGGCGAGGACAUCCGACAUUUUGGGCAAGGGGGGUCGACCUCCAUCUGUGAAAGUGGCAGGCUAGGUUGCUGAGGAGACGUUGGUGCUGUAGAAUGCAACAAGUGUGCUUUGUAUGAUUGCAGGACGGGGGAUUAGUUGUCUGGCCAGUAGACUAUCACGUGUCUAAUGGACACUGGUGUGAGUUGUAGAACUUGCGUGAAGCAAACAUGGACCGGUCUUCUAUCGGUUGCCUGUUGGGUUUAGAGAAAUCCUCCUAAUUCAAGCACCUAUUGGCAGAAUGCCUUGAUGAACCGAACGUGAAACCGUCCAGGAGGUCUGAACUACAUAGAGCUUCUCCACAGGAGAUGUUGCGCUGUAUAUACACGAUUAACACUUCAUAAACCUGGUCGCCCCGGUGGUCUAGUU